UCAGAGGACAUCGGCUACGUCCUUUACUCCGCGCUCGGCAGCUUCUACAUCCCGUCGUGCAUCAUGGUGUUCGUGUACAUACGCAUCUAUUUCGCGGCGAAGGCUCGCGCGCGACGCGGCAUCCGGAAGCAGCCGCGUCCUCGAGCGGUGGUACCGCCGGAGUCGCCGGAUGUCAGGCAGACCAGCUUCACGCAGAGCACGCCCGCCACGGAGUCGAAGAAACCGCCUGGUUCCGUAAUGGAGAACGUCGCCACCAUUGAGAAUCAACCUGUGCAAAUUCCUAUCGUCACUUGUGACUUCGCCAGCGACGUCAGCACCUCUGAGGCAGAUCCUGGCGGAGGAAACAGUAUUCCAAUGGAGGAGAAAGAUACGCUCAAGGUGACGAUUCCAGUGCCCGUGCAGAAGAGCAGCUUGAAAGCGACUCUGUCGGUGAACGGCGACGGUCAAUCGAGCGUGCCGUCACGGUGCAGGGCGCCCAGCGUCGGCAUAGACGUCGACAUGGUCUCCGAAUUCGACCCUUCCUCGUCGGACAGCGGCGUGGUAUCGAGAUGCGCGGUGGUGAAACCUCUGAAACUGCGUCUCUGCCAGCCAAUCUUCGGUCGUCGAAACAUAGGGAAACUGAGAAGGGAACACGGCGACGGCGGGCGGCCCUCGGGUAAAGACGACUCAGGAAUCGAUGCGAAAUCGUCGAAACCUAGGGACCCGGAGAGAGAGAAGAGGAGACUGGCGAGAAAGAAGGAGAAACGAGCCACUCUGAUACUCGGUUUCAUCAUGGGCAGCUUCAUCGCCUGUUGGCUACCGUUCUUCGUCCUCUACAUCGCUAAACCACUGUUCCCAGGCGUAGAAAUACCCAUUCAGGCGUUCGUGAUAGCCUUCUGGCUCGGAUACAUGAACUCCGCCCUAAACCCUUUCAUCUACACCGUUUUCAACAAGGACUUCCGCAGAGCGUUUCGAAGAAUACUGUUCAAGUGA